UGAGCCAGGGAUGUCAUAGGUCGCGGGUGGGAACGUGGACUGCGGCCUGGCCGAGGGCCAUUGGAAAGAUCUGCACUUGCGUGGGAGUAGGCGGAGGAUUCGGCCCUUUUGGGGAGCACACUGUGAAUGCCAGCUGGAUCGCCGUCCAGGAGCUGGAGAAGCUGGGCCUUGGGGACAGCGUGGACCUGCACGUGUACGAGAUCCCUGUGGAGUACCAGACUGUGCAGAGGCUCAUCCCAGCGCUGUGGGAGAAGCACAGCCCCCAGCUCGUAGUGCAUGUUGGGGUGUCGGGCAUGGCCACCACAGUGACGCUGGAGAAAUGUGGGCACAACAAGGGUUACAAGGGACUGGAUAAUUGCCGGUUCUGCCCCGGCUCGCAGUGCUGCGUGGAGGAUGGUCCCGAGAGCAUCGACUCCAUCAUCGACAUGGACGCCGUGUGCAAACGGGUGACCACACUGGGCCUGGAUGUGUCUGUUACCAUCUCCCAGGAUGCUGGCAGGUAUCUGUGUGACUUCACGUAUUAUACGUCGCUCUACCAGGGCCGCGGCCGCUCGGCUUUUGUCCACGUGCCCCCGCUGGGUAAGCCUUACAACGCCGACCAGCUGGGCCGGGCGCUACGAGCUAUCAUUGAGGAGAUGCUGGGUGUCCUGGAGCAGGCCGAGGGAGGCCUCAGCUGUUGCCGCCAGCUCUGACAGCCAUGUACACCUGGGCGUGGUGCCUGACUCAUCUGCCCCUCCUAGUGGACCACAAGGGGGCGAUGGAGAGAGCGGGGACACUUCUGCUGCGCCCAGAGGCCAGGGCUAGUGGCCUGCACACAUGCCAUGGCGCCACCUUGACCCCGACACAGCCUGCGUUUUCAGGUGUAUGGACACGGAGUUGAAGCUUGCUCUGUGGCUGGGACCUCACAAAGUAUCAUAAAGUAGUUUAGCUCUAACCCAUGUCUUAAACCCUGGGCGGUCCCCGCCAAAGCCACCUGGGACCUGGUUGCCUUUUCUAUCUUCUCUCUGUUUCUGUCUGUCUCUGCCUUUCUGUCUCUGUCUAUCUCUGUGUCUGUCUCUCUGUCCCCGUCCUUCUUUGUUGUACCCACCUCCCUUCAGUGCUAGAUUAGGGAACAGGGUAACUUAUGUUCCCAUUGCUAAGAUUUCAGGCCUAACCAGCAAGUGUCUUUCCUUUCUCCUGGGGAGGGAGGCCUCUUUUGCCUCCUGCCCUGAAAAUGCCAUCACACGUUGGGUCCCCACAGUGGGCUCCCUUUGCUCGGAAGAGCAGGCUGCUAUGGCCACCAAGGGCCUGGCCGCAGUGGCCUCUGGUGCCUGUGGGGAGCUGACCCUGCCAUGACCUUUCUUGUUCUCAUUUUGAUAUUUUAAGACUCUAAAAAUUUAGAUACUCUAAACUUUAGAGGGUAUUUGUUGUUGUUGUUUUGAGACAGGGUCUCAGAUAGCCCAGGCUGGCCUCGUGUGAACUCUUGACCCUCUGGCCUCAGCUUCCUAAGCACUAAGAGGACAGGAGUUUUGUCACCACACAUGGCCCACCUGGGACCCAGAACCCACCGUGUGUGAACCAUCACCUGGAUCUGUGGAUUUUCUCCAUCUUGAGAUAGCCAGCCUCUACCAUCCUGUUAGGGAGCUGGGGUGAGAGGCUCCGGGGCCCAGGCAUGUCCCUGCAUGUCCUGUCAGCUACAGGGAUAUCCGGUGAACUGCGUCUGGAAGUGCGCCUGGGACUCCAGCCAGCCUUUGUCUCUGACUGACUUUGAACUUCCGAGCGAGGAGGAGGGGCCCUCAGGAAGGGCGGGGUGCGGCACGUGACCUGGACUCCUGCCAGUGAAGCCAAGGACAUUCUGGGUGCCACCUUCUCUUUCUGUGGGUGGGGGCCCCGGUGUCUCCAUUGAUGGAUGUCACCUUCUCUUUCUGUGGGUGGGGCCCCGGUGUCUCCACGGGAUUGACAGGUCUGAAUUCUGAAGUGACUUCUCACCCCUGGAUCUUUUUGUUGUUUGUGAGACUGGGUCUCUGAUAGCCCAGGCUAGCCUCCAGUUUACUGUAGCUGGAACUGACCUUAAACUCCUGACCCUUCUACCUCGACUCGCCUACCCAGUGCAGGGCUUAUGAUAGCCUGUGUGCUGGGCCCGGCUACUUUUAAGCUCUAGUGUUCCUUGUUCUGAUGUGGUUUCUUCAUGUCAUCAUCUUGUUGGUCCUGGGGCUGAAGUGUAUCUGUCGCCACAUGGAGACCUGAGCAGUUGGCUCUCUUUCUAAAUCUCAGGGGUGAGGGUACCCUGGAGUGCCCGGGAUGACUUGCUGUCCCUACAAAAGCAUCUAUGGCUGUGGGCCGGCAGUUUGAAUAACCAGGGCUCCCCCUCUUGCCCCCCCCCCCCCAGUCCUGUGCUAACACCUCCAGAGAGAGAGGCCCUGCAGUUUCCCUGCAGUUUCCCAGCUAGCCAUGGGCAGGAGGAUGGGGGUUCAGGAGUAAGGGAUUUCCCAGGGCCCUGGGCUUUUGAGACAUCAUGUAGACAAGGCAGGUCUUGAACUCCUGGCCCUCUGGCCUCAGCCUCCCCCUGAGAUGACCAAGAUGGAUCUGACUUUGGUUCCCGAAUGUCUUUGUUUGUUUUUGCAUUUUGAGGCAGAGUUCUACUUGAACUCUGUAGCUCAGGCUGGCCCUCCAACAUGUGGCAGUCCUCCUGCUUCAGAUGUAUCUGCCUGGCAAGUCUUCCUCAGGAAGACCAUGGGCUGUGCUCCACUCUCAAUUUCCUCAAAGUCCCCGGCAAGCGCUGGCUGGCUUUCCUUGGUCCAGCUCUGCUGGGAGCAUGGUGAGCAUUCUCCUCAGCGUCGCCAGGAGGGCGCACAUGUCGUGUUCUAGUCCCCACUGUUGAGCUGACGGGGAUCCUAGGACAUGGGACUGGUAGUUAUUUAUUUAGGCAUCUCUUAAACAUACACCCCUUGCCCUGACCCAAAACUUUUUUGUUUGUUUCUUGGCAGGUAGGGCUCAGGGUCUGUAGUUGCCAGGUGUAGCCCAGACUGGUCACAUUGACCCUUGAGGUCCAGGUCACCCUAACACUGACCUUCAUUUCCCAUUCUUACCCUGGGGAGCGGGGUGGGGCUUCAAGGGGUAGUCCGAUGUGUGGGCAAGGCCUGACCUGGGCCUGGCUGGCCCUUACCAUUAAUGGCAAAGUAGAAAGCUAGCCCAGCAGAGGAAGAGAAGUAACAUUGGCAUAAACCUGAAGCCUGGGACGUGUGCAGGGACAGCAAUGGUAGUAUCUGGGAUCUCGGCCAGCCCAAGAAAGUGUCUGAUUUACGCUAUCAACUCAGGUGUGGGGAUGUAGCUUUCAGACCAACACCAGCAUGCUGUGCCCUGGGCCACUCCAGUGUUUCCCAAGGCCACGUGGAGGGACAGACUGCAAGAAGCCAAGGCAGGAUCACCAUUGUGGGCACCAAUCUUUUAAAUGUGUUUUUUGGGAGAUGGUGGGGGGUGCUACAGGGUCUUUGUAGCCUGGGCUGGCUUCGCACUCUGUGUGGCUGAGGGUGACCUUGAAUUCCCUGCCUCCAGGUCCCAGGGAUGGCAGCAUUAAGCCUCCGCCAGAGCCUGAUUUCAGAUCUUUGAAGUUAAAUUGAUGGCUUCAGCUCAAAUGGGGACUCUCAGUACUUCCCAAGCUGGCGUGUAAACCUUCAGAGGGUGGACCCGAGGCUGGGGGAAGUUGGAAAAGUAGACUCUAGAUGCUUCUGAGUGAGGACUUCUGCUGGAAGGCAGACCAGCUGCUUUCUGCACAGGCCGCUUGUGCCUUCGCCCCCAAGGUGACCUUGCUGUGUACAAGGAGAGCGCCUCCAGCCUGCCCCUCUCCCUCCCACUGUCUAGACAGCUUACCCUUGACCUCUGUACCCCUUGGAGUGUCUGAGCCCAGAAGUCCCCUCUGGGAACAUAGAGACAAAGCCUUACUCUCAGAGCCUAGGCUCUGACAGAGCCGCGGGGGUCCCUGUGGGCUCCCUAUGCAUGCCAAUGGCAUCUCAAAUGCGUACCCAGGCAGGUGGCUCCCCUCCCCAGCCCACCAUUUCUCCAUAUCCACAGGCUGGAGAGAGCAAAGAGAGGGGCUUUGGUAUUCUGUGUCAGGUGAAAUGCCCCCCCAUAUAAAGGAAAAAAUGAACCCUUAAAAAGCUAAAUCUUGAGUUGCCAUGGCCACUAAACAUACCUGUCAGUGAUGCCUGUCACUGGUGUCGGGGACACUGGUCACAAGCUGUAAGGAUUGCACCAUCCGGGCACUGGACCUGGAGGCAGAACAGGAGUUCAAGGCCAGCCUCCCUGCAUUCCAAGUCGGAGGCCAGGCUGGGAUUUGAGAGACAAAACCCAAAACAUCAGGAAGAGAGGGAGAGAGGUGGGCACGGUGGCACGGGGGGGGGGGAGUCAGCUGCCCCCAGACCUUUAUUCCCCAAGAGCCACAGGCAGAAGCCAGUGAGAACUGCCUUCUACCACAAGGCUGUGGUGGCCAGACUCCGUCACAUGGACGGACAGACAGACGGACAGACACAGCUUUCAUGUCUGGGCUUUGUUCAGGGGACUCAGAGAUUUGGGCUUGGGGGUCGGUUUUUGUUUGUUUGUUUGUUUGUUUUUAGGGGCUUUACUCUGUAGACCUUGAAGCCCCUGAACCCUCCUGUCUGCCCUCAGGGUGGAAGAGGGCACCUGUGCUGCAUAAGAAGAGGUUUCACUAAUGCUGGUUGGCACCAGGCUCUUUUCCCUCAAAGCCUGGGAUGGCUCCACCCAGGGCAGCUGAAGCCACACCUUAGGGAGCGCUUCUGGGGUGCGCCGCCCCCCCUCCACCUGGCUGGUUUAUGGGAUCCCCCAGUACCUCAGGUAUUUUAUCCUCUCAACAGGGCUCUUCUGCCCCCUGAGACCCUUCAGGCCUAGUAUGUCUUCUCUUCGAGGCCCGAGCUCCUGCCAAGCACCCUGACCCCGGGGGCAGGGUGUUAGAAGGCUACACUCUGAAAACUUCAUGCUCUUUACUUAGAAACCAAUAAAGUCAUUGAAA